GCCAUCUGUCAAAAUCAAAAAUACAGUUAUUGUGACAUCUUCACGUUUGAUGGAUUUUUGGCAAUAAUUUCUUUUUGGUAGACGGGAGAUUUCUGCUGAGCUCCAAAGUGACAAACAAUUGAGCCGGAAUAAUGGGAGCAGCACAUUCAUCGGAACCGCGUUCGGUGUCAAUGGACAAUCCAACACCAGCCGGUGUUAUUGAUAUUUCCGAUGAUGUUGUGAAUCGUCUGAAGAAGGGCAUCUCUAAGCAAGCAAAGGAUAAUGCGAGAGCCCAGCAGUCAGCACCGCCACCACCCCAACCAGAGGCAAAGCCUGCUAAAGCUGCUGCAACGCCUCUACCACCACCACCUCCAACAAUUGUUUACCAAAAUCCACCGCCAGUGGUUUAUGCUGCACCAGCUGGCACUACAUUCAGUGCCAGCGACAUGCGUCGCCAGAAAGAAAUCGAACUUCAACAGAACGAUGCCAUGUGGAAACAGCGUAUGGCCAAUUUGGAACAAACUCUAAAGAAGACAAAUGCCAUCAUGGAGAAGGAAUACUCCACGGCUGUGGAAGAUGUACGCAAACGCUUUGCCACAGCAUCGCCCAUACACCAACUGCCACCAUGUCAAGAUCUUAAAGCACAAGUGAUUGCCUGUUACCGGGCCCAUCCUGGCGAGACACUAAAGUGUGCCGAGGAAGUAGCAGCUUUCCGCAAUUGUGUGAACAUUAAUCGUAUUAAAAAAUUAGAUGCCGAAGAAGCAGCAGAAGCAGCUAAGAAGACCACAACGACUGCCGGAAAAGCAAAGGCUGCAUAACCAACGAGUUAAGCAGACGAAGAGGAAGAUGAUGCGAAAUAUAGAAGAAGUAAAAAUAAAAUGCAAAUGUUCCCAAAGAGCAUAUGAAACUUCAACAGCAGAUGUGGAAUGAUUGCAGUUUUGGAAACGGCGCUAUCCUUUAGUUAUUAUAAAUAUGAUGAUAUGAAAAAAAAAUACCUCCCACACAGACACAUACAUUUUUUGUUGCAUUCUUUAGUUUUUCUUUGUUGGGAAAAAAUCGUUUACUUUUGCCGAGGUGUAAUUCAAUUCUCUUAAACUUUACGUGAGCAAAGAAGAUUGAUAAAUGUAAUUGCAACUAGAAAAGUGAUUAAUAAAUAAUAACUUAAAUUAA